GGCGCUUUUACUCUGAAGGCUCGUCCACCAAAGCGGAAGUCUUCACGCGCUCAAACCUCCGGGAUGCUGAUGGCGAACAGAAGAGUUUUAACCUGAAAGUGAAAGACGACAUCGACGUGAAGCUUUGCAUUGCUAUUGGAGCGUUGUGCCCUUUCUCCUGCUCCAGGGCCCUUACGAGCCCCCCCCACGCAGGGCUCACAGGGAGACUGUUUCUGAGUGAAGAGCAGGCUGUGUCCUUCAAGCUUAACUGAAAGCCCAGUCACCAUUGUUGUAGAGCCAUGGACCUGCUGUAAACCUGACAGCCAGCUGUCCACAACACCCUCUCCACGACUGCUCCAUCCAUCUAACUCCUUAACCUUCUUAAGGCUGCAGAUACCAUGUCUCAUCCCCUUUAUAACCCAUAUGAAUCUGGGAACCAGAGUUCCAGCCAGGGGCCAUAUGGGCUCCCUAGUGUGCAGGCAGAGAGGGACUCUCGGAGGGCAACCUCUGUCCUGGGACCAGGGUCAAGCUUCUCUUCUUCUGCAACUCCGGCCAACCAUGGUGGUAAUAUCCAAUCCCUGCCAGUGAACUACAGGCCUGAACAGAGUCUGGCCAGAGUCAACGUGGGGGAUGUAGAGAGAUCUGUGGACUCAGAUAUACGCAGAGCCAGAGAGGAGGUGACAUCCUCAGGCCAGAGCACUCGCUUCACCUACACAGGGACGACGUCCUAUCCGAUGUCCUCAACCUCUGCCUCUGGUGGACGCAGACAGUCUGAUGUUGAAAGUAGAAGUAGCUCCUUGGACUGGUUGCCGUGCUACAAAGGAUCAACUGCAGCUGAUUCUUCAAAUUUCCUUUCACCGCCCGCUUCAUGUAGCCGUACAAGCAUUGGGGGCAGUACGGUUAAUGCCUCCAGUGACAGACAGCGUGAUGGACAGUCAUUCCCAGUAUUAGGUGAUUAUGACUAUCGGGUACCAGACAAACCUGCAGCUCCAACUGACACAAGUCGCCCCACGUACACGUCCGAGUCUGCUUCUAGCAUCCUUUUAAAUUUUGGACUUGAGAGAGAGGAUUUGGAAUAUCUUGUCCAAUACCCCGAGGAUCAGCUCACCCCGGCCAGGCUUCCGUUCAUCUUGCGGGAAAUCCGCAUCCAGAAGACCAAUAGAGCUAUGACUGCAGUUGAGUCAAAACCCUAUCCUGAACCCCAACCGUUCAGAGGUGCCAUUGGCAGGGACAGUUUGACUGGUUCUGCAGGGUCAGCAGCCGUUCUCCAGCCCAGCAAAGUGAUCGACUAUGGACAUACUAGCAAAUACGUUGGAGGGGUUGGGGAUGAGAUUGGCAGGAGUGCUAACAGUGUUGGGAGUGGCAGUAUGAUGUUGGCGAACACUAGCCACAGUCAAGAACCACCUCAAAAGGGAGGUAGCUCUGUCGCCAAACCUUCGUACAACUCAAUACAGAGCUCACUUGCUCCCCCACCCAUUGAUCCAGCAAAGAAGUUGAAGAACCAACCGAUCCAGACACCUCAACCAAUCGUUAGCUCUGCUUCUCUGCCAAGAAAAGACGGAGACAGAACAGUUUAUAUGCCUGAAGCCGGCAAACCCCUUCCUUUGAAAGAACUUAAGACAGAUCGCAAGUCAGCAUCAGUGACCCAGCCCUCUUCCACUUUGAUUCAUGGUGUGCAUCCUGACCGACCUGGUCUUGUGCUCAUCGGCAACAGUAAUGCCAGUGGCACUAAGAUUCCGACCACAACUCAAGGUAAAGGAUCAGUUGUUGCUGAGCAGAGGCAGAUGCAGCAGAGGCAGCAGAACCAGAUGCCACAGAGCCAGAUGCACCAGAUGCCACAGAGCCAGAUGCUGCAGAGCCAGAUGCCACCGAGCCAGAUGCACCGAAUGCCGCCGAGCCAGAUGCCACAGAGCCAGAUGCACCGGAUGCCGCCGAGCCAGAUGCCACCGAGCCAGAUGCACCAGAUGCAGCAAAGCCAGAUGCACCAGAUGCAGCAGAGCCAGAUGCCGCAGAGCCAGAUGCACCAGAUGCAGCAGAGCCAGAUGCCGCAGAGCCAGAUGCACCAGAUGCAGCAGAGCCAGAUGCACCAGAUGCAGCAGAGCCAGAUGCAACCACAGAAGCAGCCAGAACGAUCAACGAUUAUCCCUCGUCCAAUCAAUCAUCCACCACCUCAGCCAGCCCUGAGCUCUAUGAACUUUCCGCAGUCCCAGGCACCUUCCAGCAGCCAGGGUCCGGCAAAGAAGCCAGUGUCCAAGGGUCUGCCAGCGCCGGGUAUGAUGUACGACUAUGCGGCGGCCUCACCGAGAGCCUUUCCACAUACCUGUUCUCUGUGUUUCAAAGAAUGCUCUCAGAUGAAGGAUUGGAUCUCCCACCAGAACACCACUCUUCACCUUGAGAGCUGCAGAGUCCUCCGGACAAAAUACCCAGAGUGGAAUGGUGCUAUCGUACUCAAACCCAGGGAUGCAGGGAAAGAUGUCAAGCCCUCGUCCUCAGCUCCUGCGCAGACUCACCAACAGCGUCAAAAGAAAAGUAGUCAUGAGAGCCACUCCCGCUCCCACAGCCCUCGUCGCCACUUCAGCUCGGAGGGUCGAGGAGAGAAACGCAGCCGAUCCCGAUCACCGCGCAGCUCCAGAUACUCUCACAGUUCCAGAUCUCGUUCUCGUUCCCGUUCUCCACGAUAUGACCGUCAUCGGUCUCGUUCAAGGAGCCAGGAGAGACCGGGAAGAAGAGGUGAUAGGUCCCCACCGAAGAGGAGCGACAUGAGAAGGUCCCCUCCCAGGAGGAGCGACAUGAGAAGGUCCCCUCCCGGGAGGACUGACAUGAGAAGGUCUCCUCUCAGGAGGAGAGACAUGAGAAGGUCCCCUCCUGGGAGGACUGACAUGAGAAGGUCCCCUCCCAGGAGGACUGACGAGAGAAGGUCCCCUACAAGGAGGACUGACGAGAGAAGGUCCCCUCCUCCGAGGACUUACGUGAAAAGGUCCCCGCUAAGACGGAGUGAUGCGAGAAGGUCCCCACAAAAGAGGAGCCGAGAAAGACGAUUGACCUCAGAGCGGUCCCCUUCACCGAGAAAGAGCAGCACAGAGAGACUGGCACAGAAACUGCUGCAAAAAACAGAUGUCCAGUCUCUGUCCAAACAGACUGACCUGGAGGCUGUGGUUAAAAAUUUACUCGCUGAGAUAACCAAGAUGAAGUCUUCCUCCUCGUCAUCCACUUCGUCGGCCAAGGGAGGAAAAAGCCUGAAGUCUACUCCCGCUGCUGGAAGAAUGGGCUCCUCCUCUGCUGCCUCUUCAUCAUCGUCCCUUUCAGCAGCGAAGAAGAAGACGACAACAUUAACCAAGGCCGUCCUGAAGAAGAGUGAUGCAAGUGGUUCCACAAAGACUAAGUCCGUCAGACCGACAUCGUCACCUCCAACCAGGGUGAGGUUAGGAGGGAUUCUUAAGAAGGUCGCUCACAGUGAUAUGGUUACUGUGAUGGAGCAGUUCGGAGAAAUCGAAUCAAUUGUAAUGCACCGGCAACAACUCCAGGCAAUGGUGACUUUUAAGAAAGAGGAAGACGCUAAGAAACUGAAGAAAUUAGGGGAACUCGUCUUGAAAGGAUUCCCCAUCACUGUCAUCAAGGAGUUGGAUACUAAGCCAAAGAAGACUCCUCUGAAAAAACCGUCUGUCUCCAGUGUCUCCACAUCUCAAACCUCUAAAUCCACAAAGCCCACGACCGUCAGAAAGGUUCCGUCUACAUCUGUCAAAACUUCACUUACUCGUCCAAAAAAGCCUUUAGCUUCAGCCUCUGCAGCAAAGGGAACCACACCAGGCAAAUGUACCAAUCAGAAAGCAGCUGUUAAAGGCUCAUCCGGUCUCACUAAAGGCAAAGUCUCGGUUCCCAAACCCAGUACCGUCUCGUCCAAGCCGAUCGCCAAAACGGCAAAAUCUAAUCUGCAGCAAGGAAAGACUGUCAAGGUCAGUAAACCAAAGACCUCGAGUCUCAGAACCAGUGUCUCAGAACUUGUCCCUGAAGUAAAGGUCACAGUGGGAACAGCCUCAGCUUCACAGGAACCUGAAACACCAGUGGACAACUUGGCCGCAGCAGGACAUUCAACAAAAGAGUUGAAGUCAAAAGAAUUAGACUCAAAGGUUCAACAGUCUGUGGUGGUGCUGGAAGACUCGGUCAAGGUUGAGACGAGAGAUGAGACAGGUCCUGAGCUGAGGCACGAACCGGAGCCUGUCACAGGCGAUGCAUUGGCUAAAGAAGCCGGAGGAGCCGAGCCGAUGGAGCUCGGGGAAACGGGAGAAACAGGAGUGGACGUGGCAGAGCCCAUGGAAGCAGAAAGUUGUGCUGAGGUCAAAGAAGAAAAACUGACAAAGGAGGAAGCUGCUUCUGACAAAUCCACUGAGAGUCAACAAACAACCAGGAAAGAUGAGACCAGACCUCCUGCUGUUCCACCUCCAGACACAGAAGCUGAUCCUAAACCUGCAGACACAAGUUCUCAGAUGCUUAAGACCACCAUUGAAACAGAAACAGCUGAUGAAGCGUCAGCACAGGUCCCAGAACCAGAGGCCGCAGCCCCUGAGUCCAAAUCCAUUGAGAGUCAACCAGCAACCAGUAAUGAUGAGACCAGGCCCCCUGCUGUCCCACCUGCGUCAUCACAGGUCCAAGGCCCGGAGUCCACAGAACUGUCUGCAGCUUCCGGUCAGGUCAUCGAGAUGGAGGCUUCACGACCUCCGAGCUCAACUGAAGAGCGGGAGAAAACUACAAUGGAAGCAGAAGAUCCUGCGUCUGCCGUGAAGAACCAAAUGGAUCCCAAAUCAGCUGAGGGGGCAGACAAAGUUUCAACUGAGCCGCCAGCCGGAGCAGUGAGCGAGCCACAACCGGCAGGAGCCACGUCUCCACCUGCAGAUCUGACGAUCGGGGAGAUGGUUGAAAAGCUCUUUAAUCUAAAAACAAUCUCGCUUUUAGAGAAGAAAACCUGCUCCACAAAAGGGAAGUUUCUUGGCCUGGGUCGGAAGAUGCUGAUGAUCACCAACCUGCCGAAGUACGAGGCCGACCCCUACACGGAGGCAGACGUCGCCAACCUGCUCAUUCCAUUCGGAUUUGAAUAUUCAUCAUUAAAAAUCCAGGUUCUUCCUCAGAUUUGCGUGGCUUUCGUGGAGAUGCCGUCAGCUUUCAAGGCCUUUCACCUCAUUACCAUGUUUCCACAGAGAGGCCCCACCUUCAAAGGGAACAAACUGAAGUUUCACGUCGUGCACUCCGGCAUUAAAACAGAUCCGAUGGGGUUUUAUAAAUCGGCGAUGAAGGUGAUGAACUCUUCGGUGGACGACACGGAAGGGAGGAUCAUCUUCAUCACUAACAUCUCACCGAGCGAAACCCGAGACCUCAGGGAGGCUUUGAGAAAAAUCACUUCAGUCACAAACUUCCUGCCUCUGCUCAACAAGGUUUUUAUUGAACUUGAAUCCAGUCUUCAUGCCGAUCGGCUCGGAGUGUGGUACAGCCUCCAGGAACAAGCCGGUGGUUACUCACUGUGCCGGCUGAGACACUCAUGGGCUAGACACUUCAAAGCUCCUCAUAAGCUCGCUCCGAAGGCUCUCCGGGACAGCAAGUACGCCCCCCCCGGAGCGUCUAUCCCCUCAGUGGAAUCUGAGGUUCCACUGUGCAGCGGCGGACCGUAUUGGCUCACUAUGCCUACGAGUCCCUUUGUGUUCCCCACAGAUUCUCCUUGUUUCAUCAUCCCAGAUUAUGUGACUGUCAAAAGAAAUAUGAAUACGAAGAAGCUCAACAGUCAAAGUUCCAUGUUCCCCACACUCAUGUUGACCGGUUUACCAGAUAAAGGCUACAGUCAGGAGGACGUGGCCAGGCUGGUCUGGCCUUAUUUCCCCAAACAAACUCUCUACUCUCUGAACAACAACGUGGUCGUGCUGACUCUGCAGAGGAGGGCCUUCGUGCAUUUCAGCAAUUGGAGGUCGUGCGAUGGUUUUAUCCAAGAUCACAUCAUGAGGCAGAUUCCUUUCAAACGCUUUGUUCUCAAGGCCCACUUUGUCCUGGAGUACAUGUAUCCUGAGUCAAAAGAGGAGCUCAUGUACAAAUCCAUGAUGAAAUGGAGCAACUCUCGUGUUCCAGAUCCCCAGUCUCUGGAAGAGCGGCUGCUCUGUGUGGAGAUCUCUGAGAGCAGUGUCCACAUCAUCAAGACCGUCAUGAAUACUGUGGCGUCCAUUGCUAAAUUUGCCAGCUUCCUGCCGCUUGCCAACAGGAUCUGUGUGGAGAUGGUUGACUCCAGUGGUGUAGCCCAGGUGGUGGAGAAGCUCACGUCUUCCUCAGUGAAGUGCAUAUUCGGGAACAAAGUUAAACAUGUUGAAUCUGCGAAGAGUCGAAAGCAGCGUCUUGAGGGCUCCAGUGAGAUCUUCACAAACCUUGAACCUGAAGAUGAGUCUCCACCCAAGUCUCCUCCUCCUGAAUGUUCAGAUAAUGAUCUGCAGCUUCUUCUACAAACCAGUGACUCCGCGUCUGCAAAACCAGCUGCUCCGAAUGAACCCAUCACUGGUGAACCUGUCGCAGCUGAACCAAGUUCCACGGCUGCAGGUGACGUAGCGGUGGAGGAGGACAAAGAGAAAGUGGGACCUGAGAUGGUCCUGGACUCCGGUGAUGUUCCUCAGGCAAAUGAAGAUGUAGAGAAAGUCACAGAGACGGAGGACGUGUCAACAACAGCAACUAUUGAUGCUCCUGCUGAUGGAACCAGUGUCCCAGCCGAUUCCAGCACUGGUGUGGUCGCCUCUGAAAAAACCAGCACAGAUCUCCCUCGGAUUAACCAGGACGUGUUCAGGGCCAUCAAAGCAGCGGUUCACCGGCACCGACUGACCCAAGACAUGAAGACACAGAGUGAAGAGAACGAGAGCUCCAGCAACAUUAGUGUCAAGGAUGAAGUCACACAUCAAGAAAAGGUUCAGAAGGAUUCACACACUUCAGACGUCUUCACUGUUAAUGAGCCACAAUUCAACAUCAGGGACUUUGUCACUGUUGAUGAAGUUGCUGAAGAUGUGGAAGAAAUGAGCCCGGACCCCGGUAGCUCCUCGUCCUCCUCAGGGAGAAAAGAAACACAGAGCUCAGACGCUUCAUCUGCUCCAAAACAAACCUCAAAUAGAUCCUCCACCAGAUCCUUGAAAGACUCUAAGAGCUCCGCAUCUUCCUCUUCCAAGUCACCCAAAGAUAACGUGAAGAGAAGCUCGUCUUCUCUCUCGACCUCUGUGUCGCCAAAAAAGACGAAGGACUCAUCUAAGCCGACCAAAUCCUCUUCCUCUGCGUCUUUUCUGUCUCUUGAAACCUCCCCCUCCUCUUGUCACAAGGCACAGAGGAGCAAGACCAAGUCCUCAAGAUCGUCCCCAGCUCCCAGUGAAAGGGUAAAGAAGCCACCAGCAGCAGUGGAGCGUCGCCCUGUGUCACAGAGAGAAGCAGCAAAAGAGAGUGUAGUGGCAAAGUCUGACCACAAAGUGGCAGCAGAGGGCAUUGCUGCAAAAACUGUUGAGUCAGAGACCAAAAUAGAAAAAUCCUCAGCGAUGCAUCCAUCUGCAGAGGAACAGAGAUUCGGGUUGAACCAAGACCAGAAUAUGGAGACUGAUUUAAAGGACACCACACUCAAAGACCCGGAGAAAGGCAAAGAGAAAAAGGAAGAAGAAGAAGAAGAGGAGGAUGAUGAUGAAAAGUACGAAAUCCUUGAUUCCUUCGAUCACAGAACAAAUGAAAACAUAGAUAACAAGUCACCUGAACCUGAGAGUUUGCAAGAGGAAAACUUUCAGGUCUUGGACAGCGUCGACGAUGAAGACGAUGGUGGAGAAGCUUGUUCUGAGAAGGUGGUAGAAGGUUCAACAGAGGACAAAAGAGCAUCAGUUCAAGAGGAUGACAAGCCUGCAGUUGAAGACUCUGCAAUUAAACUAAUGACAUCAGCAGAAUCCUGCAAACCCUCCAAAGAUGUCCAAGAACCUGAAGAUGGAAUCCCAGCAGCUGAAGACCAGCCUCCUAAAGUCUGUGACAACAAAGACAGUGAUGUUGCUGAACAAGAAACCUUCAAGAUAUUGGAUUCAAUUGACGAUCAGAUGACAAUGGACCAAAACAAUGAUUCACAGAGUGAUCAGAUGUCUACAGACAUUUCACGUAGAGAAGAAGAAGAGGAGGAUGCCUCUAAGGUAGUGGAUUCUGUUUCAGAUCAGCCAACAACUACAGAGUCUGAGUCUGACAACAAGAAACCUGACGCUACUUCUAGAAGAGAUGAUAGAUCCUCAAAGAGGAGUGGCCUGAGGACCAGAGCAUCCAAAGGUGAAGAGAAGGUCAAAUCAAGAGCCCAAGACCCUGAAGAGGAGAAGGUGUCUGAGAUGGUCCAUUCGACUGAAGAACUGGUUCAAGAAGCGGCCACCACAGAAAGGACCGAUAGAAGAAGGAGUGGAAGAGGAAAGAAAGAGGACAAAAUGACUCUGAAUCUCACUGAAGCAUCUGAAAAACCAGAUGAAGGUGAGGAGGCUUCGUAUGAAAUCUUAGACUCUGUGGAGGACGAGACUGUGACUGAGGAACCGGUCGUUAUGACGAGAUCCACCAGAGGAAGAAGGGGAAGGACGACUCAGAAAGACCAAACUAAAAAAGAGGACACACCGACAAGAAGUCGACGCACUCCUGUCAGAGAGUCACAGGAAAAAACUCCAAAGAUGGAGAAGGAAGCAUUUUCAAAAGAGAACUCACCAACAAAGAAGACUGACAUCACUGUAAGAGAGGAAAUAGAUGAGGAAGCCACCUAUGAAAUAUUAGACUCUGUGGAGGACGAGGUUCUUCACGAGGACCGGCCCCCCACAGGAGGGAAAAGGAAGAGGGGAAGACCAAAGAAAGCUGUUAAAUCAACUAGAAAAAACCCUGUAACACUGAAGGGCGACAAAGAGGCUGAUGAUGAAGAAGCUGAUGAUGAAGAAAAGGUGUCGUAUCAGAUUCUUGAUUCUGUGGAGGAUGAGAUGGUUGAAGAUCAACCUCCCACAGAAGAGUCGCCCAAAAACGAGGAGGAAGAGCCUGUGUAUCAGAUUGUAGAUUCUGUGGAAGAUGAUCAAGUUCAGGAAGAGUUGAUGACCACUGAGGAGUCAAAAGAUGAAACUUGUCCAAAAGAGGAGGAAGCAGCUGUUCAAGAAGAUGCACCAACGUGUAGGACCGUUGUGGAAACGUCCGAAGAACGGAUCACCAAGGAUUUAGAUCAUGAUCCGUCUGCUGGUCUGGAAAAGAGAGAAAGCUCAUCCAAAGCAAACAUCAAGGAAGAAGGUACAUCAACGACAACGUCUCAAAAAGAUCCCACAACACCAGAAGUGGAGAAGAACCAAGUGAGUGCUCUGGUGGACCUGGAUGAAGUGAGUGAUGAGGAGGAAGAUUACCCUGACGACAUAGCUGAGGAGGAAGAACUGAGGGAGAGCAAAGCUGCUGCUAAAGAAAAGCAACUCGUCACGAAGGAGGAGAGGAGGACCAGGGAGAGAGAGGAGAGGAGGACCAGGGGGAAAGAGGAGAGGAGGACCAGGGAGCGAAGGAGCCAGAGCAGCAGCAGCAGCAGCAGUGGAGGAGGAGACAGGAGGAGGACAAUGGAAAGGGGACGGGAAAAGGAGGAGGAGGAGGUAGACACCAAGGAGAUGGUGACUCUGGAUGAGGUGGGAGCAGAUGAGGCUGGAGAGGAGGUGGUGUUACAGGGUGGAGAGUCUGAUGUUGAGACCACGGCUGGAGAACCGGGGGGGCUCGUCACUCUGGAUGAAAUCGUAGAAGAGGAAGAGGAGGAGGGAAAAGGUGAACAAAGGGGGCUGGAGCCCCGCCCACCCAGCAAGGACGAAGAGUCCCUGGACUCCUUGAACCCGGAGUAUUUGGUGACUCUAGAUGAAGCAGGUGAGGAUGAGGAGGAGAAGGUGGACGAAGCAGAGAAAACAUCAACAUCUGCUAAACGCAAAUACGAUGACGACACAGAGGAGAACGUGAACUUUGUGACGGUGGAUGAAGUGGGAGAGGUUGAAGAGGAGGAGGAGGAGGAGGAAGAACAUAAAACUCCCAGGACAAGAGGCCGAGCCAAGAAGAGAACCAGAAAGACGCCAGUGAGAAAAUCUGCUCGUGGGAGGAAAGUCGAGGCAAAAGAUGAGAGAGAAGAACAGGAAGCCGCCUCCUGUGUGGCCCCGCCCACUUCCCUGGACGCCUCAUCGUCCCCGGACAAAGAUCCAUCAUCGUUACUAAGUGACGGGCAGCAGGAGAUCCAGAAGGAGGAGGAGGAAGGAGCGACCCCUCCUGCUGUGGAGGACCUGCAGCCUGGGGGCCUGGAGGCAGAGGAGGAGAAAGAGGGAUGGAGCAGUGCGGACGUUAAAGUUGUGAGUAAAAGGAGGAAGGAGAUUGUCGGACCUGAAGCAAAGAGAUCUCGUUCUCAGUCUCCUUCUGUUCCUGCCGACUUCAAGCUGCCGCCCUUCAGAGCCAACCAGCCCCUCGGUCAGGAGUUCGUGGUCCCUAAAUUCGGAUACUUCUGUAACAUCUGCCGUGUGUUCUACCUGAACGAGAGCAGCGCCAAGGACGUUCACUGCAGCAGCAAGGCGCACUACAACAACCUGCAGGCACUCUACCAGAAGCGUCAACAGAACCUAUCAGGAAGUUCAACACCAAACUCUCAAGGCUUCAUCUCUGAGUGAUCCAGAUCCUCAUCUGACGCCCUGUUGUCACUCGUGUGUGUGUGUGUGUGUGUGUGUGUGUGUGUGUGUGUGUGUGUGUGUGUUUGUGUGUUUGUCAGCAGGAUUGUGUGAAAUCCACUCAACCGGUUUCUGUGAAACUUGGUGGGAAGAUGGAAAAUGGGCCAAGAAAGAACUUUAACUAUCAAGUGGAUCCAAACACUUUCAUUCUGAGAUGAAAAAUGUAUUUUCACUGAUUUCCCAGAGAAUUAUUCUUAGAUCAUAAAGCAAAAAAUGAAUCUGAUAUAAACAAAUACUUGUUAAUUUAAGUUGCACAGAACAAGUGAGUAGAAUCUAAGCCUUUAAGUGUUUGUCUGUUUUUAUGCACAUUUUUUUACUUAUUAUUAAAUAAACCUGAGUCAGAAAUUCAAAUUGUUUAAUCCUCAGAUGUAUUUUGGGGACUGAUAUUUGUGUGUGUGAGCGAUUGGCGCAGAUUCAAAUAAAAUCUUGAUCUUG